AUGGCCGACGCCCAGAUGCACGUGGUUCCUGCCCCCGUCAUUCCCAUGGCGACCGCACAGGACCUGCCCCUUCCCCCGCCCCCCGCCCUGGAGGAUCUGCCGCUGCCCCCUCCCAAGGAGUCUUUCUCCAAGUUCCACCAGCAGCGGCAAGCGAGUGAGCUACGCCGCCUCUACAGGCACAUCCACCCCGAGCUCCGCAAGAAUCUGGCUGAGGCCGUGGCCGAGGACCUGGCCGAGGUCCUGGGCUCGGAGGAGCCCACGGAGGGCGACGUGCAGUGCAUGCGCUGGAUCUUCGAGAACUGGCGGCUGGACGCCAUUGGAGAGCACGAGAGGCCAGCUGCCCGGGAGCCCGUGCCAGGCGGCGACGUGCAGGCCACCUCCCGCAGAUUUGAGGAGGGCUCCUUCGCCAACAGCACAGACCCGGCGCCAGCCGGUACCGGGCCUUGCGGAGCGGACGUGCGGGCCGCCCGCCGGCUGUUCGAGACCACGCCUUUAGGGGAGCUGGGCCAGGGUGAGGCGCCGGAGGCUGUGGCGAGGGAGCCUACGGCCAGCGGGGAUGUGCGGGGCACCAGGAUGCUCUUUGAGACCCGGCCACUGGACCGCCUGGGCUCCCGCCCCUCCACCCAGGAGCAGAGUCCCUUGGAGCUGCGCUCGGAAAUCCAGGAGUUGAAGGGCGACGUGAAGAAGACGGUGAAGCUGUUCCAAACCGAGCCGCUGUGCGCCAUCCGGGACGCAGAGGGCACCAUCCAUGAGGUCAAGGCCGCGUGCCGAGAGGAGAUCCAGAGCAACGCGGUGAGGACCGCCCGCUGGCUCUUUGAGACCAGGCCCCUCGACGCCAUCAAUCGGGACCCCAGCCAGGUGCGGGUGAUCCGGGGUAUCUCCUUGGAGGAGGGGGACAGGCCCGACGUCAGCGCCGCCCGCUGGAUCUUUGAGACGCAGCCCCUGGAUGCCAUCCGGGAGAUGGUGGUGGACGAGAAGGACUUCCAGCCAUCUCCAGACCUCGUUCCUCCUGGUCCAGACGUGCAGCAGCAGCGGCAUCUCUUUGAGACCCGGGCGCUGGACACCCUCAAGGGAGACGAGGAACCCGGAGCAGAGGCUCCGCCCAAGGAAGCAGUGGUCCCUGGUGAUGUCCGCUCCACCUUGUGGCUGUUUGAGACAAAGCCCCUGGACGCUCCCAGAGACCAGGUCCAAGUGGGUCACCUGCAGCGGGUGGGGCCCCAGCAGGGCGAAGGGCUCGUGCCUGAGCAUGGGUCUGUGCUGCCCCCCUCUCAGAGUGGGCCCCUGAGGGAGGGCGUGAAGGGAGAUGUGAAGACCUUCAAGAAUUUGUUUGAGACCCUUCCCCUGGACAGCAUUGGGCAGGGUGAGCCUGUGACCCCUGGCAGCGAGAGCAGAGCAGACACAACCAAUUCUGCUGGGCAUUCCCAGGGCCCAGGGUCCACAGUGUAUGCCAUGCAGGACAGCAGGGGCCACCUCCACGCCCUGACCUCUGUCAGCAGAGAGCAGGUCGUCGGAGGGGAUGUGCAGGGCUACAGGUGGAUGUUUGAGACGCAGCCGCUGGACCGACUGGGUCGCAGUCCCAGUACCAUCGACGUGGUGCGGGGCAUCACCCGACAGGAAGUGGUGGCUGGGGACGUCGCCACUGCUCGGUGGCUCUUUGAAACUCAGCCCCUGGAGCUGAUCCACCAGCGGGAGCAGCAGGAGCGGCAGGAAGAAGAGGGGAAGAUUCAGGCACGCGCCCAGCCCGAGCCCCCCCCAAAGGGCGACGUGCAGACCAUCCGAUGGUUGUUUGAGACGUACCCCAUGAGCGAGCUAGCGGAGAAGCAAGGUCUGGAGGACCCUGAGGCCACAGCCAAGGCCAAGGCACGGUCCUGCACCUGGAUGUUCAAGCCCCAGCCCCUGGACAAGGCAGAGGGCUCUGGGGAACAGCAUCUGCAGGUUAGCCAGGUGCAGGCUGGGGAAAGGCAGACAGACAGACACGUCUUUGAGACGGAGCCCCUGCCAUCCUCAGGCCGCCCAGGCGGAAGGGGGCCUGUGAGAUACUGUAGCAGGGUGGAGAUCCCUUCAGGGCAGGUGUCUCGGCAGAAGGAGGUUUUCCAAGCGCUGGAGGCAGGCAAGAGGGAAGAGCAGGCAGCCAGGGCCACUGCUGAGCCCGUCCCCGCAGGGUCAGUGCACAAGUUCACCUGGCUCUUUGAGAACUGCCCCAUAGGCUCCCUGGCAGCUGAGAGCAUCCGAGGGGACAGCCUGCAGGAAGAGCAACCUGGAAGCCCUGCAGACAAUCAGAUGCCCGAGAGGCAGGAGACAGCAGCCGAGCGAACCCUGCGGAUCCUGCAUGCCACACCUGGCAUCCUGCACCAUGGAGGCAUCCUCAUGGAAACUCGAGAGCCAGGCGAGCUCUGCCUCACCAAGUACGUGCUCCCGGGCCCGGGGCAGGGCCGCCCCUGCGUUCGGAAGGAGGAGCUAGUGUUGGGUGAGCUUCCCAGGAUUGUCCGCCAAAUUCUGCGCAGACCGGACGUGGACCAGCAGGGGUUGUUGGUACAGGAGGACCCAACUGGCCAGCUGCAGCUGCAGGCUUUGUGGCUGCCAGCUCCAGGCAGCAGCAGGGGUAUUGAAGACAUGGACCCCAAGCUGCAGCAGCUGCUGGCUUGCAGCCUUGGGACCUCCAUGAGGAGGACUGGCCUGGUAAUGCAGGAGACGGAGCAGGGCCGGGUAGCACUGACCGCUUACACCCUACAGCCCCAGCCAAGCAGCAGGGCCCCCGAGAGGAGCAGUGUGCAGCUGCUGGCCAGCUGCAUAGACAAAGGGGACCUGAGCAGCCUGCAGAGUCUGCGGUGGGAGCCACCAGCUGAUCCAAGUCCAGUGCCAGCCAGUGAGGGGGCCCAGAAGCUGCCCACAACAGAGAGCAUCAUCCAGGUCCUUCCACUGGACCCCGACAUGGGGAUGGGGCAUCAGAGAGGCCCAUCUCAGGCCACUGGAAAGGCAGCCCCUCUUGCUGGGGAGCAUGCAGCCCCAGUUCCACCGCAGUGCACAGAAGGGCAGAAAAACAGAUCCACUGAACGAAUGGGAACAGCAACCUUGGGAAACACAGGUUCAGCCACAACCACCCCUACAGGAUCGGGGGCCCCAGACCUCCAGGCCGCCAUGCAGAGCCUGCGGAUAGCAACCGCCGAAGCCAAAGAUCUGCACCAGCAAGUCCUGAGCCGGCACAAACAGGGCUCUGUGCCCACCGCCACCCAGGAUGGUCUGCAUGCACCCACCUCUUCUGCCACAAUCACCACCAAGGCCAUCCACAGCAACACCGGGCCUGUGACUACAGGUGACCCCGGCAUCCCAACAGCCCCCCGAAAGGUCAGUGGGGAAGAGGAAGCACCAUCCAGAGGGCUGCCUAGGGGGUGGGUGACGAUUCAGGACAGCGUCUACAGCGCUCGCCCUGUGAGGACCUGUGAACCAGCCAGGGCUGUGCAGCCUUCUGAGACACAAGCCCAGCCCAGGGUCAGGGAGAUAGCCCCGGGGGCUCAGUCUCCCAGCCCACUUGAGAGAGGCCCAGCUCAGAGUCUCAAGUCACAGUCAGAGGCACCAGAGGGGCACACACAGAGGGCCAUGGGCCCUCCAGGGACCCCUUCUCUGAGGAGCCUCCGAGCCACAGAGAAUGCCCUGAAGACUGCCCCUCUAGCCCACCACACACUGGCCUCUGGGCCCCAGGCGACAGGUACCAACCUGCACUCCCAUAAUGCCUCUGUUCCUCCUCCUCCUGCUCUCCCAGCUGCUGUGACGGGACCUGCCUUCCCAGCCCGAGUGUGCCUUGAGGAAGACUCCACCCAGCAGGACCCCCUUCUUCACACUCACCAAAGCCCUGCUGGCCAGCAAGCCCCCAGGCAGGUACAGACAAAAGAAAUCCCACGGAAGAAACCCCAGGUGCCCCCGAAACCUGCCUACCUGACCCAGAUGCAUCCUCCUCAGAGAUUGUCCAAGCCCUCAGCUCUUUCCCACAGCUCCUCCUCAGAACCACAGCAAACACAUGGAAGAGGUGAGCCAAUGGCAGCCAUCCUCCCAGCAACGCAGGCCCCUGCGACAGCGGGCCCUGGAUGCUCCUGCGGACACAGCCAGUCCAGCCCUGCACAUGGCCUCGCCACCAUGGCCCUGGGCCCCAGCCAGGGUCAGGCUGUGGGAAGUGACACCCGGAGCCCUGAGCCCUCUAAGCUCAGUGUCAUCAGCAGUGACCCCACCCCACCCCAGUGGGGCAGGAGUCCGCCAGGAAGGCAGCUCAUGAAUGAUGCCGAACAGGGGACCCCUGAGAGCCCUGACAUUCUGCGAGGAAAGCAGCAGGAGCUCCAAGGCCUCCUGAGUGAGGUGCAAGCCCUGGAGGAGGCAGCUGUGGGCAGCGUGGAUGUGCAGGCUCUGCGGAGGUUUUUUGAGGCCGUGCCCCAGCUACCAGGGACCACCCCACAGGCUCCUGUGGCCCCCAGCUCGCCUGAAGCCUCGGUGGAGCAGGCCUUUGGGGAGCUGACACGGGUUAGCACAGAGGUUGCCCGGCUCAAAGAACAGACCCUGGCCAGGCUGCUGGACAUUGAACAGGCGAUACGCAAGGCCCUCAGCUCCAUGUCAAGCCUCCAGCCAGAUGUUAACUCCAGGGGCCACAGCCAGGGACCUCAGGAGGACCACAAUGUCCACAAGGUCAGUGUCAUGGCCAGCAAUGGAGCUGGGCUCAGCAGCUCUGGAGGUCAAAUUGCAACAAAGAGUCAAGGCCAGGCUGGCAGCCACACUGAGAUCCAAAGUCAAGUUGAGCUCCGAAACCGCAGAGAGGGCAAAGGCCAAGCAGCUGCAGCCACCCCUCCCACCUCCUCCCUGCAGACAUCAGGGGCACAUUCGGGCCUCCCUCGAGUCUUGCCUUCCAGCAGAAACUCGCCCUCAUCCCCAACCUUCAUCUCCAUCCAGUCGGCCAGUAGAAAGUUUCCAGAUACUUCCAACACCAAGGGCAGCCCUGACAUCUCUGAGCAAAGCACACACUCAUCAUCUCAGGGCAUGGGCCAGACCCUGCGAUGCCAGAAAGGUGUCCAGAACAAUGCCAGGAAGGAGGAGGUCACCCAGUGCUUUGGGCAGCCCGAGCCUGCACCUGCUUCCACCAGCCCCCAAGCCAGCAGGCAGCAAAAGAGUAUCCUGGAGCUGCAGACCAAGCUGGGCGGCUCCCAGUGCUACGGAGCCACCAGAACUGUGACAGAACAGUUUGAGGAGGUGGACCAGUUUGGAAAUACCGUCCUUGCGUCCUCUACCACGGUCACGGAGCAGGCAGAGCCGUCAAGGGACCCGGCCCCCCAGCUGGGGCGCCAUGUCUCCCCCUUGCUGCGGCCCUUCCUGCAUAGCCCUGCCGGGUUCAGCAGCAGCCUGGCAGAGGCUGACAUGGUCUGGUUACCCCACAUCCCCUCCCAGCCGGCUGCUCAGUGA